UUUUUAUGUUACUCCGUAAAUUUGGAUUCUCUUCCUGUGCCAACUACUCCUGCAGGGAGCACGCAUAAUGCGCGCCUUUCCCCUUUCGUCCGAAUCAUCCUACGCUUCUCUAUUCCGGCAAGCAUCGCCGUCUAAUCCUAUUAACCAUUCCCUAUUAUUUUCUGAACCCUCCAAGUCGAUUUCUCAGCCCUACCUAUCUGUUUCUACUGCUACUUCUCCGAAAUCAUGCUCCUUCAAAUUGAGCCCUUUCUUGUAUUGUAGCUCAAAAUCCGAGUCCCCCGUUCUGGGAGAUGACGAAGAAUACCAAGACGAUGUGAAUUUUGUAAAGUAUGCAUCUGGCACUGAUCAGGAUGCUUAUUCUUCUAUCGAUAUAGGUGAAGAGUCAGAAAUUCAAGACGAGGUUGAUGUGUACAUAGAGGUGAAGAAUUUGGAGAAGAACUCACGCAGAAUUGAAUCGAGGAUUCUUAUUGACGCGCCCCUUACCACCGUUUGGAAUAUUUUGACUGAUUAUGAAAGAUUGGCGGACUUCAUUCCUGGUCUUGCUGUCAACGAAUUGCUUGAAAAAGGAGAAAAUUAUGCACGACUUUUUCAGGUUGGAGAGCAGAACCUGGCAUUUGGGUUAAAAUUUAAUGCUAAGGGAGUUGUAGAUUGUUAUGAGAAGGAAUUGGAGAUUCUUCCUUCUGGUAUGAAGCGUGACAUUGAAUUCAAGAUGGCUGAAGGAGAUUUUCAACUCUUUGAAGGAAAAUGGUCUAUUUUACAGUCCAACUCCAAUGGUGAGACGUGCGGAGAGUUGGAAGUCCGAGAAGGUAAUACAACUCUUUCGUAUAUUGUUGAUGUGAAGCCGAAAAUGUGGCUGCCUGUUCGUCUGAUAGAGGGUAGACUCUGCAACGAGAUAAGAAAGAACCUUGUAUCUGUCAGGGAUGAAGCUCAAAAAGCUACCUAACUGUGCGCGCACAUUAGCUUCAUUCAUCUUGCUCUUCUUUUUGGAUAAUUGAAAACGACUGGAAGCACACCAAUUUUCUGAUAGCAAUCGUUGCUAUAGUUACCUGUCAGUUUCAACUACGUAAAGUUGAUCCCUUGGGCUUAAACACGUUGUUGUUAAUUUCUUCAGGGUGGGGACUAGGAUUCCGCCGAAUCAAUAUGACUUGGGACCCAGGGCAAACAUUAUGUGUUCAGCUGUUUAUGGACACCGUCUUGUAAUAGUCGUCGAAGACAUCAACCACCUAGGCUUAGGUUUCCGCAAUAAAAGGCAAAUUGCACCGUGCAUCCAUUUUCUGUUAACUUGGAAAAAGCAAUCUUAUACGGUUGGCUAAAGUUGGGUGAACGGUGCGAUCUAACGUCACAAUUAAAAGGGCGUGCCCGAUGUGUGGAAAGAUAGAAUAACGAAGAAUAUGCGAUCCAAUUGGUAAAGUUAUUAUUCUGUGUGUGGAUCCAUGGAUAGCUGAACCUUGUCAAGAGGAAGAGGGGGAAGAACAGCCGAUGAUUGACAGAGAUAUGGCGAUGAUGAAUGGGUUGUGAACAUUGGGGGAAGAAAAUAGAAGAGCCGAAAACUGUUCUGAACCCAUCCAAUACUUCAAUUUUCAACUAAUCAGAUAAUGAUAUGGCUUUUAGGACGAGCCAAUGACAGUCCCCAGCUAACGAACUGAAGAGAUUAUGAGAAUGUCCUGAUAAUGUAAGCUGUUGUGAGGUGAUUUAUGGGAUUUUGAAUUGAUGGAAGAUGUUAAUUAUUUGCUGUUUGAAAGUUGUGAUCAUAGUAUUA